CUCUGUGACAAAAAUUGUUGAUAACCUGAUUCUUCUCUCUCUCUUUGGCAUUGUUUGGGAAUUGCUGAGACGUUGGCCGUUAUAUAUAUAUCAGCUGCUGAGCUUGCCCAACUUAUACUUUUCCAGUCAUGAGCAGCCCUUACUUUGAUCCCGACUUUGAUAACCACCUGGAGAGGAUAAAUGGUCCUACCUGCAGAGUUUGCAUUGACAAUGAAAGCAUGGAAGAUUGCACAGUAGUAAAGGUUGAUAGCGUGAACAAGCAGGGGCUUCUCCUGGAAGUGGUGCAGGUGUUGACAGACCUCAACCUUACGAUCUCAAAGAGCUAUAUUUCAUCUGAUGCUGGGUGGUUCAUGGAUGUUUUUCAUGUUAAAGACGAGCAUGGCAACAAACUUACGGACCAGAAACUCAUUAACUAUAUCCAGCAGGGAAUAGGUACAACAAGGGAAAUCCCAAGCUCAGCCAAGGCAAACACAUAUGCAAAUAAGGUUUUCAGACCUGAACACUACGGGUACACGACCAUCGAAAUGAGCGGAAUAGACCGGCCGGGUCUAUUCUCUGAGAUAUCAGCCGCAUUAGCUUACCUCCAAUGCAACAUUGUGGAAGCUCACGCAUGGAGUCACAAUGAUCGCCUGGCUUGUGUUGCCUAUAUUUCAGAUCAAUCCACCGACACUCCCAUCGAUGACCCCGGCCGCCUCGCCGACAUCGAAGAACACCUUACGAUGGUCCUCCGGGCCACCACUGCUCCGAGCACUAGCGGGAAUCAAGCCAACCAACAAGAAGUUAAGACUGCGGGUUUUCUUCAAGGGUCAGAAGAUCAAGGAACCAUGACAAAUGUGGAACGCCGGUUGCAUCAGCUCAUGCUUUCGGUUCGGGACUUUGACGGGCCAUCGGGACCCCCGAGAUUGGCGGCAGUGACACCGACUGGAUCGGAGGAAAGUGAUGAGGAAGGGAGGAGAACAGUGGUGAUGAUCGAGAGCUGUGACGAGAAGGGAUACUCGAUAGUGAGCAUAGACUGCAAGGAUCGAGCAAGACUCAUGUUUGAUACAGUUUGCACGCUUACAGACAUGCAAUACGUGAUUUUCCAUGCUUCUAUAAGCUCAGGUGGAGGUUAUGCCUUUCAGGAGUAUUUUAUCCGACAUCUAGAUGGGCGUGCCUUGAGUACAGAGAGCGAGAAGGAACGAGUAAUAAAAUGCUUAGAGGCCGCCAUAGAGCGCCGGGUUUGUGAGGGAGUUCGGGUAGAGCUAUGUGCAGACAACAGGGUGGGGUUGCUGUCGGACAUAACCCGGGUUCUUCGAGAGAACGGUCUAACGGUUGUCCGAGCAGACGUGGCGACGCAGGGGGAGAAGGCGGUGAACGCUUUGUACGUGAAAGACAUUUCAGGGAAAGAGGUGGACAUGGAGUUUGUGGAGUCGAUGAAGAGAGAGAUGGGUCCGAUUGUGCUUCAAGUGAGGAACGAGACCAACGGCCAAACCUUGCCUCAACGUUCUUCUGGUUUCUCUUUGGGGGACAUGUUCAAAUCUCAGAUCGACCGCUUCUCUCACACCUUUGUUACUAUCAAGUAACAA